ACCAAAUCUUUAAAAAAAGGACCACGGAGCAUAUACAAUAAAUAAUAAAGGCCAAAAACGGAGAAACUGUAGAUUUGGAUAACCACCUUAGAGCUAUAAGAUAUGGAAAAGGGUUUGUUAGAGAAAUACAGAGAGGGUGGAUCAAGCAGGAUAACAUGGAGUGUAUUUUUUCAAGAGGUGAAAGAUGUUGGUUUUCUAGCUUUGCCUAUGAUUACUGUCACUUUGUCACAGUAUUUUCUGCAAAUCAUUUCAAUGAUGAUGGUUGGUCGUUUGGGUAAACUUGCUCUCUCUAGUACAGCAAUUGCUAUCUCUCUUUGUGGGGUUACUGGCUUCAGUCUUCUUUUUGGAAUGUCAUGUGCACUUGAAACUCAAUGCGGACAAGCUUAUGGUGCUAAGCAAUAUAGAAAAUUUGGUGUUCAGAUUUACACUGGUAUCGUUUCUCUUAUUAUAACUUGUGUUCCUCUCACUAUAUUAUGGUUCUACAUGGGGAAGCUAUUGAUUUUAAUUGGCCAAGACCCGUUGAUUUCACAUGAAGCUGGAAAAUUUGUGAUGUGCAUGAUUCCUGCUCUAUUUGCUUAUGCAACACUUCAGGGACUGGUCAGAUACUUUCUGAUGCAAAGUUUGAUAUAUCCCCUUGUUAUAAGUUCCUCUGUUACACUUUGCUUCCAUAUAGCUUUUUGUUGGUUGCUGGUUUUUAAAUCUGAAUUAGGGUGCUUAGGAGCUGCAUUUUCUAUCGGUACUUCAUAUUGGUUGAAUGUGAUUAUACUUGGACUAUAUAUGAAAUUCUCCACUGAUUGUGAAAAGACUCGGGCUCCGAUUUCAAUGGAGUCAUUCAAUGGAAUAGGAGAGUUCUUUCGCUAUGCGAUUCCUUCUGCUGGAAUGAUAUGCCUUGAGUGGUGGUCAUUUGAGCUCUUAAUCGUUCUUUCUGGUCUUCUACCAAAUCCACAGCUUGAAACUUCAGUUUUAUCCAUAUGCUUAUCAAUCAUCUCAACCAUCUAUACGAUACCAGAAGCAACUGGCUCGGCAGCAAGCUCUAGAGUUUCAAAUGCAUUAGGAGCCGGAUGUGCACAAGCAGCACGGUUGUCUGUUUAUGCCGCUAUGACUGUUGCAGUUUCUGAGGCUAUUUUGGUGAGUUCCACCAUUUUCGCCUCUCGACACAUUUUAGGUUAUCUAUUUAGCAAUGAGCAGGACGUGGUGGAUUAUGUCACAAAUAUGGUUCCUCUGAUAAGUAUAAAUGUUAUAGUUGAUAGUUUACACGGUACCCUUGCAGGUAUUGCUAGAGGAUCUGGUUGGCAGAAGUUGGGAGCGUAUGUGAACCUUGGAGCCUAUUAUGUUUUUGGAAUUCCAAUUGCCGUUUUGUUAGGUUUCUGGUUUGAGUUGAGAGGAAAAGGCCUGUGGAUUGGGAUACUUGUUGGUGCCUUCUGUCAAGCAUUUUUGCUAGCCCUUAUAACAAGUCUUACAAAUUGGGAAAAACAGGCAACUAAGGCACGAGAAAGGAUAUUUGAAGGAAGUUUUGCAGUAGAAGAUAGAUUAGUUUAAGCUAAUGGAGUAGAUUCCUCCAAGCUUUCAGCUUGUUUGGUUAGCAUCUGCAAAGCUUAUAGCUUAAUUUGGUUAGAGAAAAAGAUCAAAUCACACAUACUAUAUGGAGGAAAAAGUUUUCACACAGAGAAUAGAGUUAUAAAAUUUAUGAUAUUUUAUUUCUUCUCAGUUCAAAUUUUGUCAAGGCCCUGCAGGCUGCAGUGUUAGUGUAACUUUAAUCAUUAUUAUGAUGUAAAAUAAAUUGGAUGAGUUCAUCUCUUCAAUUUCAAUCGGAUAUGAACACGAGCCAAGUGAGAAUGUAAAAUGUUUGUUCUUUUU